GUGUUCCUCCUUGGCGAAAGAGGUGGAAUCCUUGCAAGCUGCACGCCAGACGGCAGAGGAUUCGCAGCAAGGGGAAGUUGCGCGACUGGCGGCGGAGCGCGAGUCUUCUGCGCAACAGAUUCAGCAACUUCAGCUUCAGCUGGAGGAGGCUCUUCGCUCAGGGGGGCAAAGCGCCGAGCAGCAUGAACGGCUGCAGGCAUCCUUAGAGGAGGAAGGGCGGCAAAAGGAGGAGCACAGGCAGCUGGCUGCCUCCUUCCAGGAGCAGUGUGCUUCUCUCACGAAGCAGCUGUCAGAUCUUCAAGCAGCGCAUGAGGCAUCUCUAGCAGCCCAGGUUCCCAAUGGUGCCGCAGACGCCGCGCAAGAAGCUCUCUCACAGCAG